AUGCAGCAUGCGCGGUAUGCGAAGAGGCAGAAGACUGUGUGCGCAGGAAAGACGGAGGAGCAGCAGGUCGACGUGAGCGCUGGGCAGCAGAGCGAGGUGAGGACGGAGGUCUGGUGGCGCCCUGGGGCGGGAUGGCACGAAGCAGACAAGGUUAAAUCUGCGAUCUGCCGAAGGCCGGGUGGCCGCCGCCGCUGCAGGGCGCCGUGGGCCGGCGGCGCCAUGAUCCAUCUGCCAAUUACGCCCAUAUUGCCGCCGCCGUCGCGCGCAGCCCAGCUAUGUGGUAUCUCGCCCGCUCGCCGUCUUGACGGCCAGCCGCGCCAUCGCCAUCCAUGGACACUCCUGAAAGAAUCCACCGUUGAGAUCGAGAGACUCAAGUCAGAGCUCACCGCUACGCGACAGCGGAAUGGCGUGUACCUUACACAUGAAGCAUACGAGGAGCUCACAAAUGAGCCUGAGUCAAAUAGGAUUCUAGUCAAGGAGCAGCGCGAGAAGAUUGAAACAAUCGAGUGCAAACUCGCCCGCAAAGGACAGGACCUGCUCGAACUCACGAGCAGUUUCGACAUCUUGAAGAAGGACAGCGAAGCCACCAAGGGCGUUCUCGACAGCACAAACUCGUUGCUAGAAAAGACGAAAGUGGCGCUAGCGCAUACGAGGCGCAUGCUCAACGACGAGACUUUCGUCCGCCAGCAGCACGAGCGCACUGAGCAGCAGCUCACGAGCCUCAACAGCGAGCUGGUGACAACACUCGGCCAGUCCAUUACGGAUAACACAGGUCUACAUUUGACACUACGACGGCGCUCGGAGCUGCACGCGCAGAACCGGGAGCAGUAUGGCGGAACGCAGCGAGAUGUGGUGGACAUCACCACGCUUGUUAAGGGCUGGCUUGCUGAGUUCCAGACGGAGCAGCAAGGGCUCGUAGACGCGCUUUUAGGGCGUAUGCAUGCAUUCGUCAAGCACGAGCUGGAUAAGUUCAACGCGGCGAGGGCAGACCUUGAGAAGAAAAAUACAGUGAUCGAGCAAUUAACGUGGCGUACGAAGCACUAG